CGGCGGCGGCGGCGGGGGCUCCCGGACCCGUUAUCCGGGCGCGGUUCUCCACCAUGUGCCUCGGGCCGGAGAGGAGGCCCGACUCCCAGCCCGGCCGAGCGACGCUGAGUUAGAGCCACGGCUUGGGCGCCCGCUGUCCUCGUGGAGGGCUGCCCCGGACCCGGACGACCGACUCUCUGCGCUCCGCCACCGGGACGGGAAGAGGGGCCCGCGAUGGCCAAUCACGUGGACCUCCUGACCGAGCUCCAGCUGUUGGAGAAGGUGCCCACCCUGGAGAGGCUGCGAGCGGCGCAGAAACGCCGGGCCCAGCAGCUGAAGAAGUGGGCUCAGUACGAGAAGGAGUGGCAGCACAAGAAGAGGAAGCCCGAGAGGAAGAGGAGCGCCGGUAGCCGGAAGAAGGUGGCCUUCGAGGCCAGCGUGGCUCUGCUCGAGGCUUCUCUGAGAAACGACGCGGAGGAAGUGCGGUACUUACUGAAGAAUAAAAUCAGCCCAGAUCUGUGCAAUGAGGACGGACUGACUGCACUGCAUCAGUGCUGCAUAGACAACUUUGAGGAGAUCGUUAAGCUGCUCCUGAACCACGGGGCCAACGUCAACGCCAAGGACAACGAGUUGUGGACCCCCUUGCAUGCGGCUGCCACGUGCGGGCACAUCAACCUCGUGAAGAUCCUCAUUCAGUAUGGGGCGGAUUUGCUGGCGGUCAACUCCGACGGAAACAUGCCCUACGACCUCUGCGAAGAUGAGCCAACCCUAGAUGUCAUCGAAACCUGCAUGGCCUACCAGGGCAUCACGCAGGAGAAGAUCAACGAGAUGCGAGCAGCUCCAGAGCAGCAGAUGAUCUCCGACAUCCACUGUAUGAUAGCGGCCGGUCAGAACCUGGACUGGACUGACGCCCAGGGGGCCACACUGCUGCACAUAGCUGGGGCCAACGGCUACUUGCACGCAGCCGAACUCCUGCUGGAUCAUGGCGUGAGAGUGGACAUAAAGGACUGGGAUGGCUGGGAACCCCUUCACGCCGCCGCCUUCUGGGGACAGAUGCAGAUGGCUGAGCUACUAGUGUCCCACGGCGCCAGUCUCAGUGCCAGGACAUCCAUGGAUGAAAUGCCAAUAGACCUCUGCGAAGAAGAAGAGUUCAAAGUGCUGUUGCUGGAGCUGAAGCACAAGCAUGACGUGAUCAUGAAAUCGCAGCUGAGGCACAAGUCAUCCCUGAGCCGGCGAACGUCGAGCGCCGGGAGCCGGGGGAAGGUGGUGAGGAGGGCCAGCCUCUCGGACCGAACAAACCUGUACAGGAAGGAGUACGAGAAAGAGGCUAUCGUCUGGCAGCAGAUGGGAGUGGCAGAAGAGCAGAGGACCUCAGGCUACAACGGGGACAUGAGAGAGACGCGGACAGAUCAGGAGAACAAGGACCCGAACUCCACCUUGGAGAAGCCCAUGCUCCUUUCCGAAUUAGCCACCAAAUGCACCCUGGGGGACGCGGAGCUGCCUCUCCCGAACGGCCUCCGGGCUCCGGUCGGCGCUUACCAGUACUCGCUCUCCAACGGGGACAUUUGGAAAGUGCACGAGGUGCCGGAUUACGGCCUGAGCCAGGCGCUCCCCUACGGCAGCCCGGGCCUCCCCGACACCCAGCAGCUUUGGAACGGCUACAAAGAGCAGAGCCACCAGACCCUCUCGGAGCUGAAGCGGCAGAGGGCCGCGGCCAAGCUGCUCAACCACCCCUUCCUAAGCACCCACCUCGGCGGCGGAGGGAUGGGGGGGCGGGGCGAGAGCGGCGGCGAGACCAAGGCCCACCUGCUCGGCACCCGGACUUCACCCUACAGCGCCAACGGGACGUCGGUUUAUUACACGGUGUCCAGCGGGGACCCGCCGCUCUUAAAAUUCAAAGCUCCCAUGGAGGAAAUGGAAGAGAAGGUGCACGGGUGCUGUAGGAUCUCUUAAUCGGGCCGAAAGAUGUCUCCCGCCCGGGAGAGAGAGAGAGAGAGAGAGAGAGAGAGAGAGAGAGACACCCCCCGAUCAGAAGCUCUGCAUUUCUCGGCGUGGUUCGCACCCGGCAACCCGAUGGGUGGAUUUCAUUAGAAGGCACCUGGGAUGUGGGCACAUUUCAUUUUUUUAGGGCGGCUGUUUGCCAUUUCUCGCCCCGCCCCGAGAUUUUGGAAAGCUCACUGCUGGCGGGGCCGUCUCGUUCACUCACCCGGGACCGAACGUGCCACAGUUUCGAAUGGAAAGACACCACUCAUCGGCCCCUUGACAGGCGGCCACUGAACUUUUGCAAAGUGACGUGACUACCGUACUACCGCUCUGCACUUGUUAAGCGCUUUCUGGUUCACCUUCUCCUACCCGGCUCUGCCGCGUGGCCCCCCCCCCCCCCGCGGCAGUUUUGCCAAAUCCGAGCUUGGCCGGCGCAGGCAGUCGCGAGCCCGGGCCAACUGGGCCCCCGUGCAUGUAAAUUCCUAUUUGCGUACGCAAGUCAGUGAUGCGCACAAGUCAUCGUGGAGGACGCCCAGGGGACAGGGGGAUGUGUGAGCUUUGGAGUCCCGUUUCAAAAUCUGGUCGUACCGAGGGAGGGUCCAAGGGCCAGAGGUUCCCAGCCAGCUUUGUCUUGCUCUGAUGCUAUUUUAAAACGACGAAGUAACAACGCAAUUUAAACUGACUCUGCAAGGGACGCCGUCAACAGAAUUCCUUGCCUGGAUGGUCAGGGCCACUUUAGAUUCUGAAAAAAACAGGGGAGAGGGAAAUCCAGUCGAUUGUUUUACCCCAGCUGGGGCUGGGUGUGGUUUCUGUUUUACACAGUCCAUCACAGCGAAACGAAGGGACCCAUUGCAUUUGCUAGGUUCUCCUAGACUUUUAGUGUGCUAGGGAAAUGAUUAAGUUUGGGAAUUGUUUUCCUUUUUUUUAAAAAAAAAAUUAUGAAAACAUUUCUGUUCUACAUUUUGUUGAAUCAUCUGUCUGGAUCCCUUUCUACCGUUUAAAUGGCGCAAUCUCUGACGGCGGGAGCCCUCCGCUUGCUGGGAAGCCUCGUCGCCCUCUUCGACGUCAGCUGCCAGCAAAGGUUUUGAAAUGCCAGGUUGAGUGCCCAACGCAUUCCCCUUCGCGUCCACGCACCUCUUUCAUGCACGCCGGGCACCCCUCGAGGCUAGUGGAACAGAGAUUCAUGGGACGUAGGAGGUUCUUUCUCAGAAAAAAAGAAGCUUCUCCCCUAAAUGCAGUGAACGGGAGCAGCAGCACUUCUCUUGUCUGUAGUAAUCCUUCUUGAAUUGGGCUGACCGAUCCCUAUGGCUCUCGAUGGGGUUGAGACCCUAGUGUCUUCCUCUCCCAGGAGAGCAGCACCCUUUUUCCCUCACCAGGUACAACCUGCCUUGAACGGAAAGAGACGACGGUUAAAAUGGAGGUUAGCUUUCUCUGGGUCGGGCUCAAAGCCACCCGCGUUUCCCAGAUAAGGGAACCUAUGGAGGCGUUCCCUCAGAGCACGUGCUGAGUGGGCUGGCUUUUAUUGCAUCCUUUCCUUAGGUGCCUCAGCCAGUGCUAACGGCGGUUAACACAGAGCUCGCGCUGAAGAGUGAGGCUUAGAUGAUUGCGGCGCUUCACAACCCAAAACCCUCUGGAAAGUCCACAGGACACCGGGCGACUUAAACCCUCUUGCCCCCCCGACCCUCACGGGGGCAAGAUCGGAGAUGGAGCUGCCUGAGGGAGAUGGAGAAGGCUGUCCGGCGAGGCGGAGCCCUAUCGGGUUUGAGAUGAGUCGUCGUCAGAUGGGAGCCAAAUCUAACCCGGUCCAGGUAGGCGAAUGUCUGGAGUGGCCCUCUGCUGGCUUGCCCACCCUAGAGUGGGCACAGUGUAGCGGCGAGCACUCUGAGGACUUCCUAGUUCGAUGUAAAUACGUUGUGACACGGGACCGAUCUACUGAAGAAUGAUAGCCUCCCGGUCAGAAAGCACAGGCUAUCAAAGGACAUGAACUGGGGGUUGGGGCUGGGUAGUGGAAAAAUGCACUGAAAUUCCUGCAGCUCAUUUUGCUCUCCCUCUGCCCAUCCUGAGCUUCCUAGUGCAGGCAGGGAAGUGGACGGAAAGUCCUUCAUCUCCGCUCCCUGAGAAGCAGGGGGAUUUUUUCUGUCACCCAGACGCAAUCUGCUGGGUACCCCCGACCUGGGCGUGCCCGGGGUUUAUGGGAACUCAGCGUCAGCCCGCUUACGUCGAGGCGGGUUCUUGAAGGGGAUUGGAGGAGGCAGAGGAGGAGGAAGAGGGGGAGCGAACGCUGUAGCCAAAUCCUAGAGAGGAGGGAGCAUCACGAGUAGUAAUCUACCUGGGACACGGUUGCUCUGCCCUAGCGGAGGUUUCAUGUCCUUUGUGCCUUUAUCCAAGCGUUCAGUCGGUAGCAGAUGGAGCUUGAUGAAGCCCAGGGUUGGGCGAUCGAAGGUGCCCCCUUCAGCAGAAGAAAAAGAAUCAGCGAUACCUUGCAACAGAGUUUCAGCAGGUGCAAUUUGAGGGCUGUAUAUCUUUCAGACUCGGGAGGCUGAACUGAUCUUCCCCUGUUACCCCACAGAUCCAGGAAGAACAUAUGGAAACAGGGCAACUUAAAGGCACAUUCACUGCUGUGGGAAAAGAAUUUCCCCGAAGCGUUAUGCGUAGGGCUGUGCCUUAGUUCACUCGGGAGGGAAAAGUCUACCAAUCUGUGGCUUGUGAUCAGCCUCCGCUCCCAGCGCUAUUUCUUGGGUCAGUCCACCUCCCUCGCUGCUUGCCAUCCAGCAGUCUCUCGCUCACCCGGUUUCCCUUCGGCUUUCUCGGUCAGUCCGGCGGCUAAAACCCAUCUUUAGAUUGGUGCUUCUCUGUCGGCUCCGCUGCCGUGUGGUUCCAACCGAAAGGGGCCGAUUAGCUAUACGUGGGGGGUGCGAGUUGCCGCCAGAGCUCGGAUGGGAGCCAGGUAGAGCAGCGUUUUGCGUCGGCCGUUGUUAAAAGGCGGGAUUCUGUCUGAGGCCGAACGAAGGCCCACUAGACUUUCUUAAUUGGGCUAGUUUGAAAAUCUUUACUUGCCUCGUUUCUCUUCCCUUUCUUUCGGGUGGUCCUUCUCUCAGCUGGGUGAGAUUUUUUUUACGGGUUUUGGGUUUUGUUUUGUGUUUUUCCCCAGUGAGAUUUCUGGCAAGAAAUCGUGGGGCUGAGCAUGCGUUCAGUCUUUAAAACUAGAAAAGAUACACUUGGGGGUGGGGUGUUUCUGGUGUCGAUCUGGCAGAGAGCACGAUGGGGGAGAAUUGGAAGACCAGGCCCCAAGCCAAUGCGAAGUCUGACUCUUGAAAACAAGGGAGACCCCUUUUUCUCACUAGUAAAAUGAUGGACAUUUGAAGAGCUGCGACUAUAUACCAUCUGUAUACUAGUGUCUUUAAGGGGUCGAUUUGUGCGGUACCAAAGGCGUAACAAGGUAAUGCUGAUUUCCCAGUGAGAGGUUAAACGCCACUGGCUACAGGCUGUACAAAGUCACUUAAUCUUACUCUUUAAAGCCCAUGACCUGAAAUGGGCCUUAAAAAGUAAUUGUUUAAUAUAGCACUUCACAGCUCCGCAAUUGUAAUCAAGACCUUUGUGAUAACUGCACCUAAAUCAUCCUUCCUGGUUCUGGGAGUUUAUCCCCAUUCAUAAUGUAGCUGAUUAAAAUGACACACAGGACAGCCUUAUCUCACUCCUUACAGCCCCCUCCCUCCACCGAGUCAAGUUUCACCUUGGUUCCCCACCCUGCCGUUCGAUUUUCCUUCACCUUUCCUUUCCUUCCCGCUUGGCCCCGUCGGCUCAGAGCAACACCAGAGCGGGGAGGAGAGCAUCUCUUUCACCAAGUGGAUGGGAUGACCGGUGUGACAACUGUUGGGUGCUUCCAAACAUUCUUCCUUUCAAACUCAACCUGAAGAUGUCCCAGCCGGAAUUCACCUACGGGUGUGAAUUAGCCAUGUGGGAAGGCUGGGAGGGAGAGGGGACAAGAAACACCCAGAGCUGCUCAGAGAGACACUCUCUCUCUCUCUCUCUCUCUCUCUCCUGAGGCUGUGCCCAAACCUUUGUUCUUAGCACAUGGAUGAGCAGACUCAGAAAAAUCUGACAUGACAACUCUCUGGGUAGCUGAGUACCCUGGGAAGGUCACCGGGACCACCUCAAUGGGAAGCUCUGUACUAGUGUCAUCGAGAGGGAAAACUACAGGCAGAGCCACAUUGUAUCUGCUACAGGGUGCUGAAAGGGGCACACCUCUGCUGAAGGCAGGAGGAUGCUUGGGGCAAGGAGGCUGUGCCCCUGAGACCCUCCCCUCUCUGCCCUGAGGUAACCCGGCCCACCCAGCUAGGCCCUGAAAAGCGACUCAGUGGGCCUAAGAGGGGGAUAUAUGCAAGUUGCCAUUCACCCUUCCCUCUGACACCUCCCCUCUCCCCUAGCUAAACAAGCCCACCAAGCCAGUACAGCCCUGACACUGAACGGAGAGUCUGGAAACUUGGACUUUAGUCCCGAGCUGUACUGUAAGAUCGGAAUCACUCGUCCUCUCUUUACUUUGGUUUCCCUAUUUGUAAAGUGGAAAUUAGAAAUCCCUGCCUAACGGGGGCCUUGGGAGGAUAAAAUGAGGCCCUAGGUAUGGAAAAGCUUUCAGUUGGAGAGGUGCUUCAGAAUCUCAAGCAUCAAUGUUAUUUACGGCUUGGUGCCGGAACUGCAGAAAACCGGCUGCUCUUGGUUGCGCAGUGAAAGGAUUAGAGCCAUUACUCUGAUGUAUCGAAGUCCCUUUCUUGUUCUCUUCGGGCUAGAACUUCAAUCUUAUUUUCGCUGGAAUGAUCUCAGGGGCCCCAAAUUACCAGACACCAGUUUUAUAAUCAAGGACAAGUGUGCGUUCAAGCCCGGUGAUUUUUUGCAGGACAGCCGACGGUCUGCCGAAAACGGGGCCUUCGGAUCAGAAUCCAGGAGAAUCAGCACCAACUUUCGUGCCGUACCACGAGGCUGGGUGUUUGGUUUCCCCCUUGGGCCAUUUUGUCUCGGGAGAGACGGCUUUUUCAAUCCCGCAUCCUGCUGCUCGCUUGGUUUUCUCUACCCACAUCUGGUGUCCGAGGGCCCUGGGAGGACACCUAGAUCGAUUCCUUGUAAUGUUGGAGCAAGUCAGGGUGGGGGUUGAGAAGUUUGCGUUUAAUCCUGUGGGAGACAUCCCCCCAGUUCUGACUUCCAAAAUAGUCGGCGAGUUAAAACGUAUUUGCCAAGCCCUACCAACACUUUCUACAGUUUUCCCCUGGUUUAAAUAUUCUGAGCCUUUUUGCCUGCCUAUUUCUGUGGUCCAGCUGUCCCCUGAUAGAAAGCCAUUCGUAUCGGUUUGCUGCGUGCACAACAAUAUAGGAAUUGCCACGGGAAUAGGUCCAUAGCGCUGUAUUCUUACGGUACUCACCCUUUUUUUGGCUCCCAGGUGAAAUUUGGUAUUAGUGAAUGAGAGUUAUCGGAGACUAGUCCUCAUAUGUCAAGAAAAGGGAUGAGAAAGGAAUAAAAUACCUUAAGGAUUUGCCCAUAAUGGCAAGAGAGGGGAAUUCCUAAUAAUAAACCUAAAGUAUCCCGGGAUGUUUCAGGUUACUGAUGGGAAACGGCCCAGGCAACAACUCAAUGCUAUUUUUCGUUCCCCCCGCCCUGGCUUCCUCCUCCUACUGAAGCUUUUCCAUUUCAUCCACAGCCUCAUUUUCUCCCCAGCCUCUGCUGGAAAUGUGAGUCAGUGACCUGAAACACGAAGGAAUGUCGGAACCGUUGCAUAGCUGAUCACUCUAGGGUAAGGGAACGCAUUUCCAGGGAGAGCGUCGGCCUCUCGGGGUGGUCCUCCUUCGUUUUUGCCAAGUGUUUGAAUGUGCCCAAAAUCCGUCGAAGGAACUCAACGGGGUAUCCGCGACUGGAACCGUUCCGAGCCACGUGGAAUCCGUGGCCCGCGGGAGGUCCUCACGGGUGAAAACCGGAUCAUCACGGCCAAGUCGGGGCGGGGGGCGGGGGAGGUGGUCCGUCGCGAUCAUCAUCGGCCUGACAAAUUGGUGAAGCCUCGCGCUACUGUGGCCACCUCACCGCGAAUUCUUUGAUCCAGCUAUCGCGCCGGGAUCAAUUUCCAAGGCUGCGAUAGCUGCCCGGAAGAUACAUCACGAUCCUAGAAUUUACGAAAGUAUUUCACCCCAGGUUUCUCCGACUCUGGAAAUUAAGUCAAAUCCUUUUUCGGUUCUUAGUUAUAAAAUCUACUUGACCUAUCCAACUUUCUCACCCCGUCAAACCACCUCCUGUCGACUAUGAUGAGAUUUUUUUUUUUUACUUCUAACAUAUCCAAGAGGGGAUUUUCAAGUAUCUGGUUGAGUUUUCUAGCUAGGAUCGAACACUUUGCACUUCACAAGAGUUAGACACGGGCAGGCACUGGAGGGAGAGAAUUGGUCGUCGGGGAGAAGUUUCCCAUUUGACGGGGAGAAAAGAGCCGGUGUGUUUGUGCAGCUCAAACCCCCGCCCCCGAGAAGGGAGUUUGGCUUGCAGGCUGUACCAAGUUUCAGUGGUAAACGGUGAGCGGCAGAAGCCCAACUCUGAGUUUCCAAGCAGUGUUUGAAGACACCCCACCCGCCCUGCAAUAACUCUUACCGGAUCUAAAGUCCCCGACAAACAUUAAUGAUGUACUGUACAGAGAAAACUGAGAAAGUGUAUUUUACGUGAAAAAAACUAAUGUAAGAACACUGUAUAUUGUACUAGCAGCUUUGUGUAAAAAAGAGCCUUUUCGCAAUCAAGAGUCUAAUAUAUUUAAAACUUUUUUUAAAAAAAAAAAACCAACUUUGAUAUUGUACCGGAUUUGACUUCGCAAUGCACCUUUAAUGAUGGAAGAAAUGGUCACCUACCCCGUGGAAGCAACGUGUAAGAUUUCAAGUAAAUUGUACAUAAAUCACAUGCCAAAUGGGUAUGUAUGACAGUAUUAGCUUCUAAAUUCUGGUAUCUUUAAUAGAGUUUUUUAAAUUAAAAAUAUUAAAUUUCUUUUAAUAGAA